GCUAAUUUUUCUUUUCAUUUCUGAGGGAAAACAGACCGGACCGACGUUUUGGAAAAUGGAGUGUUGGAAAAUGGGCAGUGCAAGUGCACUAAUUCGCCAGCCGCGAAUAUUGUAAAUAUUGAAUCCAAAAUUUAAUGCUUUUAUUCGGUGUUUUUAUUCCGCCAGAGAUUACACUGAGCAACUUUGAGGUGUACUCAUGUGUACGUAGCGUCAUGUACUACUUGCACACGCACGGAAUCCAGUCUUUUUGUGUAGCGGUAUUAUCCGAUAAUUUCGGGUCAAAUAACAGCUUAAAGAGAAUGGAGAUACCGAGACUAGGACGAAUCCGUACUGGAAUUGUACGCGCCAGCGCCAGCACCUAUGUUGGGCAUCCACAACAAUAUCCCCAAUAUUACCCCCAACCUCAUUAUCCACCCCAUUAUCAGCACCAAUAUUAAAAAUAUGGCAGUGCACUUGGCAGAGUGCGAUCCGGCAAAGAAUACAUUUUAUUGUCCUGACUGUCCUAUUACAGCACCAAUUCCGGUGCAGAAGCACAAAUGCCCAAAAUUGUUCAAAAAAAAAAACUUUA